GAGAAAAUGGCUUGUAAAUACAUUGCUCAUUCAUUAUGAUUCUGAAUGCCAUCGACAGGUAAUUAACUUGACAACCUCAAUUUUUAUGAUUCUGAAUGCAGCCCAUUAAAACCAUUUAAAACGCGGCCAACUUCAUCUGUGAAAUUGAAUAGAACGACAUUUGAGUAAUCAAUGGGGCUGGUAAGUUGUGUCUUUAUAUAGCCGAGGUUGUGAAUACAAUGCAUUUGAGUCGCAUCAACAAUGGCGGCGGAGAAGCAGAGAGCGCUCCGUGUGGUCAUGUUCCCCUGGCUCGCCUACGGUCACAUGACACCCUUCCUGGAGCUUGCCAAGAGACUCACAGCUCAUGGUCUUAAGAUCUUCUUUGUCUCAACCCCGCUCAACAUUCAGCGAAUCAAGCCCCAAAUGUGGGACGCACCAGGCAUAGAUCUGGUAGGAUUGGCCAUGCCCUCCGUGGAGGGGCUGCCAGCUGGCGUGGAGUCGACAGCAGACUGCAUUGGCAAGGAAGGAGGAGGAGGUGGGCUAAUACCUUUGCUCGUCCAAGCCCUAGAUCUUUUGGAGAAGCCAUUCGAAGCACUCUUGCGCCACCUCUCACCAGAUUUCGUUGUCCAUGACUUCGUGCAAUACUGGGUUCCACGUGUGGCUUCCAAGCUGUCCAUUCCAAUCCCCACUAUAUUAUUCCUCGCACUGGGAGCCGCCAGCAUAAGCUUUGCGGAAGGGCAGUUCGCAAGGGGAAUGGAAAACCCAAGCGCGGAAGAACUGACGGUUGCGCCGCCAGGAUUCCCUUCCUCGAUUGUUGGGCGCCGACUUUUUGAAGCACGGAAAGUGGUGGCGCUGUACCGUAAGCAGGGCGAGGGCAUUAGCUUUAGAGAGCGCGGCAGCAUCUGCGGGCGGGAGAGUUGGGCAGUCGCAUGCAACACGUGCAUGGAAUUGGAAGGGAUUUAUGUGGAGUAUUUGCAGGCCGUCACAAGGCGGCCUGUAGUCCCUGUGGGAUUUCUUAUGCCCAAACUCUCGCCGCCACCUGAUGAUGACAUUUGCUUGCAGUGGCUGGACAGGCAACCAGCUGCGUCGGUGGUGUUGGUGUCCUUUGGCAGCGAGUGCACUCUCACCGUCGAUGAGAUCGCCGCCAUGGCCAUGGGAUUGCAAGAAAGCGGCGCCUCUUUCCUCUGGAUUCUGCCUGCCGGAAACAGCUUGCCACAAGGCUUCCAAGAUCAGAUAGGGGAAAAGGGACUGUUAGUGACAAAGUGGGUUCCGCAACUGCACAUUUUGAACCAUCCUUCUACAGGGGCUUUUCUCACUCAUUGUGGGUGGAAUUCAAUAACAGAAGGGUUGAGGUUUGGGGUGCCUUUCAUAGCUCUUCCAAUGCAAUUUGAACAAGGGCUAAAUGCAAGGCGAGCUCAAGAGCUUAAUGUGGGAGUGGAAGUGAGAAGAAAUGAGGAUAAUGGCUCUUUUAAGAAGGACGACAUCAAUAAAGCGAUUAAAGACAUAAUGGUGGAAGGAGGAGGAGUGAAAAUAAAAUAUAAUGUCAAAAAGAUAAGUAACAUGUUAACUGAUCACAAUUUACAAGUCUCUCAAAGAAAUAUAGGAAAUUUUGUCUCUAUGCUUAGGAAAUUUAACAAAUGAUUAGGUUGAUGGCCCUAAUUUUCUAUACAUUAUAUUAUAGGU